UCAGACGUCACAGACGCAGAGCUGGUACCGACUAAUGAUCCUCACGGUCCUGCUGCAUGAUUCGAAACUCCACGUCUUACCUUCAUAAAGACAUUCUGCCGAAAGCUUUUACUGCAGCCGUUAAGUUUCUUAUCGAUACUUGCUAAAAGAUACGUUAUUGUAAUGUAAACUGUAUCGGAAAUGCUCUACGAACCGUAUAGCUCCUAAUAAUGAUACCCUGCUCCUCGCAUUAAAACAGUGUAUGGCGCAAACGUAAAUGAAACAAACAUGUCUCCUUGCUGAGGUAACAACUGGUGGUAUUCUUUUGCGUUCAAGUUUUCAGGUGCUGUGGUGUGCCCAUGGAGAAGCCAUCAUCUUCAGGUAGAGCAGCUCUGGAGGAGAGAAAAAGCCUGGUGGAGGAUGAAGUGAUAAGAGGAGCUGAGGGUGGAGAGGUGGAUCCUCAGACCCCAAGGAAGAGCAGCUCCUCCCGCUCUUCCCGCAAGAGCUUCCGCCUGGACUAUCGGUUGGAGGAGGAAGUUACAAAGUCCUGUCGAGACAAACAUGGCCGCUGGAUCAACCCCUGGCCCACAUGGCGGUUCCCUUCCUACUCAAUGCUGCUGAGGUUCUUCUUGUUGGAUAAAAAUCACAGCAAUGUGCCAACUAAUAAAGAGGUUCUGGACAGUGAGCUCCCAGUGAUGGAACCAUACUUUGUCCAGAACCCAGACCUCUCUGACUCUGGUCCAGGUCUGAGAGUCACCUGGCUGGGUCACGCCACAGUUCUGGUUGAAAUGGAUGGACUGAAUAUUCUGACAGAUCCAAUCUUCAGCCAGAGGGCCUCACCUUUCCAGUUCAUGGGGCCCAAAAGGUACCGAGGGCCUCCCUGCACCGUGGAACAGCUGCCAAGGAUCGAUGCUGUUGUCAUCAGUCAUUCUCAUUUUGACCAUCUGGAUGCUGGAUCUGUUGCCAGCCUUAAUGCACGCUUCGGAGGGGAGCUACGCUGGUUCGUGCCCCUUGGCUUGAUGGACUGGUUGGUGAAAAUGGGCUGUGAGAAUGUGAUGGAGUUGGACUGGUGGGAGGAGAACUGUGUCCCAGGUCAUGAUGAAGUGACAUUUGUCUGUACACCAUCUCAGCAUUGGAGCAAACGCACAGCUCUGGAUGACAACAAGUCUUUAUGGGGCAGCUGGUCUAUUUUGGGUCCAGACCAUCGAUUCUUCUUUGCUGGUGAUACUGGCUACUGCGCUUCCUUCCAGGAGAUAGGAAGGCGCUUCGGACCAUUUGACCUUGCAGCAAUCCCCAUCGGAGCGUAUCUGCCCAGGGACGUUAUGCAGGGGCAGCAUGUGGAUCCAGAGGAGGCUGUUCUAAUUCACCAGGACCUUCAAGCCAAACAGUCUGUGGCCAUUCACUGGGGGACCUUUGCUCUCGCCUAUGAGUACUAUAUGGAGCCGCCGGUUCGUCUUAGAGAGGCCCUGGAGCAGAAAGGACUGAAACCAGACUCCUUCUUCACUUUGCAUCAUGGGGAGUCUCGCCUUAUAGCUUCACGGGAAGGAGAUGUCUUUGAAUGAUCCUCCACUCUGCAGUGUGCUGUGGGCUGAACUUACUGUAGAUUUGUGUCUGUAACAAAGUGAACAUUUUAUCAUAUAUAGAUGGACUCCAGUGAUUAAAGUAUGAAGUGCAUUUGUAUGCAGCUUAUUCCAACUUAAAAUUAAAAUGUUUGAUACUGUUUACAUACUGAAUGUUUGCCCUGCCAUCACAUGGUCAUUGGUGAACAGUACUACCUGGAGG